GACGAUCAAGAAUACUUGCCUCGGAAGAAGGAAGAAGAAAUUCCUUGCUGGCGGUGGACCAACCUCGAAGGACCGGGACCGACUUCCAGUAAAGUCAAUGGACCUCAUUUUGUCCUUGAUGAUAUUGAUAUCACGAGCACAUUAAUGGCUAAACGCGAGCAGUUAAUUCCGCUGGAAAGCGACCUCAUACAUGUCCAUGAUCUACUGGCACUCAAUUUUAUAUUCAUUGAGGACUUCAUGCUUACGUGCCUUCCAAAAGACGUCGUAGCAAAAAUUCUCAGAGUGAAUAUGUCCCCUCCUGUUAUGCAAGACAGGGUUCUUCUUGACGAAUGCUCAACUUCUGCUCUCAACGGCAAGAACCAGCUUGAUGAAACUCUCGCAGACAUCACAAGACGGGGAGGGUGGGAAAGCCCAAUGUUUUUGGCCAUCCAGUUGCUUAGUGCUUCGGGCGCUCUUUGGAAUCGUAGCAAUGGAGGCAGUGAGAACGAGGGCACUUACCAGAAACAUUUUGUGGAUCCUAUUUUCACUGCGUUUUUCAGUAAUGUUAACCUAACCACAGGGUGGAAUCAAUAUCGCCUAUCAACACCUCCCGACCACAUAGAGGACCUUUCUCCAGAUUUCCUCGCGAUGAAAUCAAACCUGCCUUUGGUUGUAGCAGAAGUCAAAAGACCCGGAGCCAGCUUGAAAAAGAUGGCGAAGGAUAGGCAGAGGCUUGGCAUGAUGAAGCUCUCGCUGAACAUGAUGCUGAGAAAAAGGGUCGAGGAUCCCGUUGUCAUCGGCGUGGUCGUUCAAGGUACGGUUCAAAAUCAUGUCAUGAAUCGCCCGAGCAAUUAAAUAUCCAUUUGUCUGGAGGCUAACCGCUGUAACCAUCAUCGUUUGCAAGACUCCUUCUUCG